UCAUAAGAUCGAUCAAUUGAAAGUAAUUUUCUUCUUUAACUUUUCCUUCUUCUUAAACCAAGUUUUCUUCUGGUUUCGCAUGUAUCAGAGUAAAAUCUAGAAAAUAAGGGCUAUGUUGAUAUAAAGUAGGUUGUGUCGUUGAGUUCAGGGUGCACGGUCGGCUCGCGUGGCGCGGUGACGUGUUCGCCGCCAUUUUAAAUAGGGCGAGCGCGCGCGCAGACCAUCAGUCGCCUGGUAGGACGCGAGAGCGCAACUUGGUCAUACGAGUUCGCGAGCUUUACGUUAUCGUCAGUCGAGUUUCAGUCGCCGUCGCCGACGCUCAUACGUUUAGUGACCCUGAAAAUAAGUUUGUUACUCAGUUUAAACAUGAUCGACGUUAUUCAAAAACCGAGAGAUGGCUGCCUGUACGAAAUCAGACAGAAAGGACAUAAAGAUACCUGUUACGUGGUCGUGCCUAAUACAAAAGAUCUGGUUAAGAGCCACUUGAUGUUCGCGGUGCGCGAAGAAGUCGAAGUACUAAAAGAGCGCAUCGCCGAACUCAUGGAGAGGAUCAACCAGCUCGAGGUGGAGAACACAUACCUGCGCGCGCACGCGAGCCAGGACACGCUGGCGCAGCUGCCGGCCGCGGCGGGCACGAAGCCGCCGGCGGCGCCGCAGGGCCCCCAGCCGCCGGUGUCGUAGGGCGGCGGCGCGGCGCCGCUGAACACGCCCGCCGGCCCCCGCCGGCCUCGGAGGUCCCCGGCCUCCCCUCGGCGCGCGACCCCGCCGCCCGCCCGCUCGGAGUCACUAUGGCUGUGCUAUGUUAAUUCGUAGGUUAACAAGGAACGAGUGUAAGUACACCGGUCGAGCGCCGAGGGACGCUGCGCGCGCGCACCGCGCCGGCGCGUCUGCUGUCCUCGUAUAAAUCACACAAGUGUCUAGUUAGAGCUGUCCGAGCCGCGCACCGCACCACCAGACAUUAUGCUUCGGAUUCAUACAUAUUAUAUAUUUUUCUGUUAAUAAUGUAAGGGUGCAGAAUUUCGUGCUAACUGCCAUGCUUUUGCUACGCAUCUCAGCAACGAGUCUUAGUGUUUUGAUGUACGUCGUGUAUAUUUUUUAUUUGGUUUGACGUUUAGAUAUCGCUAUCCACGUAAUGUAUUCCAUUUAAGAUAACUAUAAGACGUGUGUUAAUAUAGUAAAAUGUAAUGAAAUAAUUGAAUAUUCCUAUGCAUUGAACAAGGACUGUGUGUUAAUUUAUUAUCUAUCUAUUUUUUUAAUUGUAAUUUAAGUUAUUUAUCACUAUUCUCUGUAUGUAUACUGCGUUGCAUUAAAUUGCAAGUGUUCCUGUAGGGCCGAUAAUAAUGAUCUGUCGAUAGUAAGGUAACUGAAUGCAUCGUGUGCAGUUUUCAUUUAGUUGGUACUCUUAAAAUAAUUACAUAUUUACGAUAAAAUAUAAAUGUUGGAAUGUAUGUUAUCCGCAGUCGUCAUGUAUAAUGUUAUACCGAGCAGUCGUUUAGAAUUAGAAUCGUUGCGAGAAUGUGACCUCGUGCGAUGCUGGCUUUAGUGGAUUUUGCACGCUGAAACCGAAAAAAAAAUACUAUUUUUAUUCCAACCCUAUGAUAAUGGAGUUAUAUAGUAAUUUAACAUUGUAUUUUUUUAAUAAUUAAAUUGUUUGUAUAUAGUACAAGUUGUAAUAGAAUUGUGAGUCGGAACGAUGUAUAUAACGAAAGAAUGUGAUUAUAGGAACCGAUUCCGUAGUCUGCCUUCAAAGGAUGGUAUCAGAUGUUAUCGCGAGAGGUAUAUCUAAAACGUUAUAAUUUAAAAUAUUCGCUGUAUUUAAAUAGCUUGGUUGUUUAACAUUAAACAAGCGAACAAAGUGGCUGGUGACUGAUUGUAUGGAUUGUAACUAGUGGGAUGUGACGUGAUAGUCAGGCUCUAUGUUUGUUUCAAAGCCAAAGGUAGGAAGGCGUGUCCCAGCGACUGAAGUGUGACUAUUUUACCUAUAGAGUAGUAUUUUGUACAACGCUACUACAUAUGUAUGUGUAUAGACGAUUUUUGUUAGGUCUUCAUAAUUAUUGUGAAUAUACAGUAAUUUACUCCUAGACGCAUUACUCUAGACCUAGAUAUGAUAAUAUGAACUAUAUUAUAUACCGAAAUUUGUAAAUAUACUGUAAACAAAAGUCCAUUGUAGCUUAUGUUGACCAGAAAGGUUCCUCAUACCCAAUAAAUGCAAAACUACUCAAA